UAGCAGCAGGGUGCUGCGCUUUGCUAACGUCGUCGGGAUUCAUCUUCUUCCCCCGUCCCCCUCCAAAAACUGCAAUCACAUCUUCUUCCCCCAUCCCCAUCACCUUCUUGAAUCCCCCAAACCAUCGCCAAGAUCUACACCGUCCUCCUCGUCUUCUUCUCUCUCAGUUUCUGCCUCUCUUGUACUUACAAGAGAACUCCCCUGAGAAUUCUGAGGCCUGGCGUUUCGAUCUGCUUAAAGAAGAAUUCCCCUUUGUUAGCUUAGUCUCUCCAUCUUGGUCCUGACAAGGUGUAGAGGUUUCGCCUUUUAGGUGUUUCAUUGGGUUUUGCCGCUGACCUCGAUUCCCUUUCGACUCUGGAUAGCGAGGAUGAAGGCGCUUGUACUUCCCCUGAUCGCGCCCUUCUUCUUUUUCCUGAGUCCGUGCGUCGGCAGCAUCCAGACGACCCAACUCAGCCCCGGAUUCCGGGGCUCCGAAAUGGAGUGGAUCGACAACAAUGGGCUCUUCCUCUUGUCCAACAGCUCCGGUUUCGCUUUCGGCUUCACCACCUACAACAGUAGCGACACCACGUCCUUCCUGGUCUCGGUGAUCCACCAGGGGAGCGGCACCAUCGUCUGGACCGCCAACCGGGACGCGCCGGUGUCCCACUCUGACGAGUUCGUGUUCGACAAGGACGGCAGCGCGUACCUCAAGUCCGGUGGGGAUGUGAUAUGGUCAACGAACACCUCUGGCCAGGGAGCGACGCGGAUGGAGCUGCUGGACUCGGGCAACUUGGUACUCCUCGGCGGCGGCGACGGUAGCAGCAGCGCGUCGCCCCUUUGGCAGAGCUUCGAUCAUCCGACGGACACCCUCCUUUCUGGCCAGAGCUUCACCAAGGGAAUGUUGCUGGUGAGCGACCCCAGUGACAGUGGCUUGAGGUAUCAUCUCCGAAUCGACUCGGAGGAUGCGAAGCUCUUCGCGGAAUUCGCGUCACCCCAGCUCUACUGGUCCAUGCAGCGUGACGCUAGGAAGAUCGAUAACCAGGUCGGCGGCGACAUACGCUCCGCGGUGCUCGAAUCCAAUUCAUGGAACUUCUAUGAUCAGAAUCAAUCUAGAAUUUGGCAAUUCAUCGUGGAUUCAGCUGACACCAGUGAGAAUGUCACGCGAAUGGCUGUUUUAGACACCUCUGGCUCCAUCACAUUCUCGAUCCUCCCCAGCAGCGGCCAAAGAAACCCUUCGUCGAUCAAGAUCCCGGAAGACUCGUGUGAUACACCUGAGGCCUGCCAUCCAUACUUCAUAUGUUACCCGGGCAUCCGCUGUCAGUGCCCAAGCGUUCUCAGCUUGGACUCGAACUGUAAUCCCGGUAAUGUUUCUUCUUGUGACCUGAGCACUUCAUUCAAGCUUGCCAAAGUUGAUGAUGGAGUUGGGUAUUUCGCCACUAGUUUUGUCUCACCCAGUGCAAAGUCAAACGUGACAGGGUGCAAAGAUGCAUGCCUGGAUAACUGCUCGUGUGCUGCCUUAUUCUAUGAUGAGAAAUCCGGCAGUUGUUUUCUUUUUGAUCAGAUUGGGAGCUUCAAGCAGAUACAGAGCAACACAGCCAGUUACACUUAUAUCAAAGUGACCAGCAAUGCAGAUGGUGGCAAAGGAUCAAAUGGACAAGGAAGCAGUGGCAGCAAGACCUUGAUGAUUGUCCUAAUCAUCUCGUUCAUGACUGUUGCAGUGAUAGCAACUCUCGUCUAUCUUGCUUGCAGGAUUCAUCGGAGGAAGAAAAUACCAGAACCAUCACAGGGGUCCUCAGAAGAAGAUAAUUUCUUGGAGGGACUAUCUGGGAUGCCGGUCAGGUUCAGCUACAGAGAGCUUCAAAUGGCUACAGAUGACUUCUCUGUCAAGCUCGGCGAAGGAGGGUUUGGCUCCGUCUAUCUAGGAAAGCUUCCCGAUGGCACAAGAAUCGCAGUGAAGAAAUUGGAAAGCAUUGGCCAGGGGAAGAAAGAGUUCCGCUCCGAGGUGAGCAUAAUAGGCAGCAUCCACCACAUUCAUUUGGUCAAACUUCGGGGUUUCUGUGCAGAAGGCGCACACAGGCUUCUGGCAUAUGAAUAUAUGGCAAAAGGAUCUUUAGAUAGAUGGAUAUUUAAAAAGAAUCAAAGAGAUUUUUCACUGGAUUGGGAUAAGAGGUAUAAUAUAGCUUUGGGCACGGCAAAGGGGUUAGCUUAUCUCCAUGAAGACUGUGAAUCAAAGAUAGUUCAUUGUGAUAUUAAGCCUGAAAAUGUGCUUCUAGAUGACAAUUACCACGCAAAGGUAUCAGAUUUUGGACUAGCAAAGCUUAUGACAAGGGAACAAAGCCAUGUAUUCACAACAUUGAGAGGCACGAGGGGAUACCUUGCACCAGAAUGGAUUACAAACUAUGCCAUAUCGGAGAAAAGUGAUGUGUACAGUUAUGGUAUGGUCUUGCUUGAGAUAAUUGGUGGCAGGAAGAACUUUGAUCCUGCAGAGACUUCUGAGAAAUCCCACUUUCCUUCAUAUGCUUUCAAAAAGAUGGAGGAAGGCAAGUUAAAGGAAAUUUUUGAUGCCGACUUGAUAUAUAAUGACAUGGAUGGGAGAAUGGAGACUGCAAUUAAAGUUGCCUUGUGGUGCAUUCAGGAGGACUUGUAUUUAAGACCAUCAAUGACUAAAGUAGUCCAAAUGCUAGAAGGACUACAAGAUGUCCCUCAACCUCCGACAUCAUCGCAGCUGGGCUUCCGGCUUUAUGCUAAUGCGUUCAAGGCUAUUAGUGAAGAGGGAACAUGUUCAGGUUCAGGGCCAUCAGACUGCAACAGCGAUGCAUUUCUAUCUGCUGUUCGCCUAUCUGGGCCUAGAUAGCAAGGGUAGUCCACUUUGAGUGCAGCCUGCCUUCCACUCACAAAGCAGCUGUUUCUGGUCCGUGAACCUGCUCCAUUGUGCCUAGGUAGGUACUGCCUCUAAUAUAUAAAUUGCUGCUGUACAAAAUUAAUUAUGAUUCAUCUGUUCAAACAAUAUUCUUAUAUGUGAAGAAGCUAAGGUGGAACCUUGCAUUGUUUGUAUUCUCCAUUUUCUUUUCAUCUCUUUUAAGUGUGAGCUGAAAAACCUACAGAACCAGUUUGCCACUGGUGUUUAUGUUCUUUGUUUCCAGAGUAGAUGUAUGCUUCAAAAGUUGUGGGGAUUAUUGAAAUAGGAUCUCUUUUACUUCUUAAAUAUUUAGAACCAGAAAUCAUCUUUCAUAUCAUCAAAACAUUCAUUCUUACAGAAAAUUCACUAAAAAUAUUUAGAAACAGAUCAUAAUACAUCAUUGGUUAGUUAUCUGCAACACAAUACCAGUCUCUGGAAUGCUUCAACUGCACUUACUUCAGUGGUGUCAUGGGAAGGUAUCUAAGAUUUGUUGAUAGCUUCUCGCAAACAGGAACACUGAUUCAUUUGAAACUGGGAAGUUUAUUUUCUGUAGUAUUGCAGGACUGGGAUCCUUUACGAGUACUAUAUAGCAGAUAUUUUGCUCAAGCCGAGAGUUGAUAUUUAUUUUGAAGAUGAGAUAGCUUUUGAUGGUGAGUCCUCUGUUGUAUGUCGUAGUGGAGAGAAAAAGACAUGCAACGGAACAGGGAUUUCUUGGCGAUUUAGAUUUGAGCCAUUAAAUUGCUGGGGAUAUCUGUUUCUAUGGAAGCGCGAGAGACUGCAGAGAGCCCGACAUCGGUCGCCGCGGCUGCAGGUUCCGAGGGCAAUGGGAGCAACCCUAACGUCCGUAGCUUCCUCAGCGUCAAGCGCCCGGUAAGGUGCCCGUUGUCCUCACUUUUCCUGCUCGUCGGUAGUCACAUCCUUGUUCAGGUCUGGCUAGGGUUUCUUCAUGCAUUCACCACCGGGCUUCUCCCGAGCAGCGAGCUCGGCAGAGCGGAUGCUUCUCUGAAGAACAAGCCAGCGUUUGGAGAUGCAGGCGGAGUUGCAACACGUGUCGAUCCCAAUUUGGAGACGAGUAUAUUAAACUCAGAGUCACUUGGGCCCAACUUAACCGGGCCGGAAAUAGAUAUGAUGGUUUGGGCUUUCAGAUCACGGCGUGACGGGGGGAGGAAGCAGACUCUCUCUCUCCUCUGCAUUCCAGGCUUGGCAUUAUAUUCCAUGAUUCGUAUCUAUCAUCUGGCUGUUGCUCGGUCGUAUAUGCAGUUGCUUGUUAUUCUCCUGAUAUCUGUAGACACCAAGAUACAUGUGAAGAAGAAACUUUCUUGAUUGUCGCUAGCAUCCUGUUGGCUUUAAGGGAACCUGUUUGAAGAAUUUACUCGGAAGCGGGGAUGGAUUCUGUGGUGGGUAAGGCUUUUGGAACGCAAUUUGAGACUCUCGCAAGGGAUUUCUCUGUUGCCUUUUGUCUUCUUCAUUACUAAUUAGUAUUGGUAAUCCGUGAUAUCCGCUAUUUUUGGUGCUACGAUGUAUGCAUUUCAACUGCUUCCAUGACUAGCAUGCGCUAAAUAUGUUUGUUGUUUUGCC